AUGCACCGCCCUAAUGUUGUUAUGAUAAUUGCCGACGACAUGGGUUGGGACGACGUUAGUUUCCACGGAUCAAAUCAAAUUCUGACUCCGAACAUAGACCUCCUGGCGUACACUAGAGUGGCUUUAGAACGCUAUUACAGUCAUUCCAUAUGCACGCCGUCGCGCGCAGCUCUUCUCACUGGGAAGUUCGCUCACGUCACAGGAAUGCAAGGCUAUCCCUUAACAAAUGGCGAAGAUAGAGCCUUACCAAUAACCGAGAAAACGUUACCCCAAUAUUUCAAGGAAGUCGGCUAUAGCACGCAUUUGGUCGGUAAAUGGCAUGUUGGUCAAUCUCGCGUCGAAUAUUUGCCAACAUCUCGAGGUUUUGACUCUCAUUUCGGCCACCGAGGCGGUUAUAUCGAUUACUAUGAGUACACGUUAUUUGAAACGUGGAGCAUCGGGGAAGUUUCAGGGUUUGAUCUAUAUCGAAAUUUAACACCGGCUUGGGAUGUUGAAGGAUAUAUAACCGAUGUAUAUACCGAAGAAGCUAAAUCGAUAAUAAACGCACACGAUGUUUCGAGGCCGCUGUUUCUAAUGGUGGCUCAUAAUGCUCCGCAUUCUGGAAACGAGGAAGCUUCUUUACAAGCACCCCCUGAACUCGUUCGAACUUUCCGCUAUAUUGAACUACCUCAGCGUCGGUACUACGCUGCAAUGGUAAAAAAACUCGAUGAUAGUGUUGGAGAUAUUGUUAAAACUUUAGCAGAAAAAGGUAUAUUGGAUAAUACUAUAAUAGUGUUCAUAUCUGACAACGGUGGGAUUACGUCAGGGAUGUCAGCUAAUAAUGCAAUAAAUUAUCCCCUAAGAGGUCUAAAAUUUACUCCAUUCGAAGGAGGAAUACGAGUUAAUGGAUUAGUGUGGAGCAAAAAUUUAACCCAAAGAGAACAUUUGUGGAAAGGUUACAUGCAUGUUUCUGAUUGGUUGCCAACACUUUCGAGUGCUGUUGGUCUUGAGCCUCCAUCAAAUAUCGAUGGCGUUGAUUUAUGGAACAGUAUUGUAUCGAAUAAGGAAUCUAAAAGAAAUGUCAUAUUCGAAAUCAAUGAUUAUACGGGUUAUAUGACUAUAAUAAGUGAUGACUACAAGUUAGUUACUGGUAUCGUUCCCACGGAUUACAGUAACCAUCAGGGUGAUAAGCUUAGAGAUAUAAUUGGAACUAGGCCGUCAUAUGAAAAGGCUAUUAUGAAUAGUGCACUGUAUACCGUUUUGUCCGAUAGUGGAAUUCCGUUUCAAAUGAGUGAUACAAAACUUAGAGAUGAAAUAAAAGUUUCUUGUAAUUCAAACAAAUUGAAGACUGAAAUUUGUUACCCGACAAAUGGUACUUGGUGCUUAUUUAAUAUAAAGGAAGAUCCUUGUGAAUUUAUAGAAUUAUCGUCUAAACAUCCAGACAUUGCCGAAAAAUUAUUUUUAAGACUUCAAAAAGAAAUGACGCGUUUGAUACCUCGAAAAAAAUCUGUUGAAACGGAUUUGUCCGCAGCGCCUAGAUUGCAUAAUUAUGCAUGGGAUGUUUGGUGUACAUGAAAACGAUAAUUAUUUAAAUAAUAAUUAAGAAGUUUAAUACUACUAUCAUGUGACUACGGUCAGCGCUUACCACUACAGAUUAGUAUAUAUAUGUAGCUAGCUACUUACCACUAAGUGGGCCGUACGAUGUUUGCCGAUCUAGUCGUAUAAAAAUAUACACAGAUAAAUGAAAUAUCCAUGUCUAAUGUCUAUGGUCUAUUUUUAUUAUUUUUCUUUAGGUACUGAAUGUUAAAUAAGGGUUUGUAUAUAAAUAAAUAUGUUUCGCUAUUUUUGAUAAAAAAAAAUUGCAGCAAAAACCUUUACAGUGCAUUUAAAACUGUUAAUGUAAUAUCUUAAAAUUACGUCCGAAAGAGUAGAAAUGUAUCAGUGAAUUGUAAAAAUAAAAUAAUUAAUUACCUGUAAGGGAUAUCGAAAAUUACGUCACAACUUAAAGGGGAAGGGCAAGGGAGGAGACGUUCAACAUUUUGUAACAUCACAUUUUAAAAUAUUAUCAAUUCUUAUCUCAUUGUAAGUAUUAAGACACGAUAUUUCAACUACAUAGGUACUAAUUAACAAUUAAAUAAAAUAACUAAA